AUGGCGUUGCGAGCACUUGUACAACGAGUAAGGGAGAAGCUAAUGACCAAAUACAACAUGACAGAUGCUGACUAUGAUGUAUUAGAGGCGACAAUCGUCAAAAGUGUUCCACAUAAAGCGGGUUUUCAAUGGAAAUUUAGCGGUGCUUUCUAUUUUGCUACUACUGUUAUCACCACUAUAGGUUACGGUCACAGUACACCGUUAACGGCUGGCGGAAAGCUGUUCUGCAUGUUCUACGCGCUUGCUGGCAUUCCCCUCGGACUCGUUAUGUUUCAAAGUAUUGGUGAACGUAUGAACACUUUCGCUGCCAGUUUACUACGGGUCGCCAAGAAGGCGUCAGGCCGUGCUCCAGUGGUGACACACAUUGAUUUGAUAUUCGUUGCCUCUGGUCUCGGCACAUUUCUUAUUGCUUUUGGCGCGUUAGCGUUCUCUAAAUAUGAGAACUGGACGUACUUUGAUUCACUCUAUUACUGUUUUACAACUUUAACUACCAUCAGAAGGAAAAUGGGUGGCGAAGAAGGAAGAGGCGCUGUGGCGACUGCAGCAGAGUGUCUGGUGCAGCAGAGUGCUGGAUUCGGUGACUUCGUAGCCUUACAAAAAGGCGGUGCAUUGCAGAAUCAACCGGAUUAUGUGGUAUUCUCGUUGGUUUUCAUAUUGUUCGGUUUGACGGUGAUCUCAGCCGCUAUGAAUCUGCUGGUGUUGCGAUUCCUUACGAUGAACACUGAAGACGAACGACGGGACGAG